CGGACUUCUGUCAAAAUCACUUGAUGUACCGACUUGAUCGUCAAUCCUCCAAUCCUUGACAAUGUCCUGCUCUGCCCCUUGUUGCAGAUAUCUCAUGUCGACAUUCAUAUUCUGAUCACGUCCGUCGCAAUCGUGCGUGAAGUCGGUGCAAAGAUGACGACCACAGAACAUGGCAACGCCAGCGAUGACAAGGGGCCGAUGAUCCUGGCAGUGCUCUGGGCAUUGACAGGCCUCACGACCGUGCUUGUCAUAGCGCGCAUGUACAUCCGAACGAGUCUGCUACAUAACCUCGGGGCAGACGACUGGCUGAUCGCCGCAUCGUUGACGAUGGGCCUCAUCUACUGCGGAAUCACGACUGCCAAUGUGGAAAUGGGAUACGGGAAGCACGCCUGGUUGCUCAGCGAGCGGACAGUGGAAAAGGCUACUUUUCUCAAUUGUCUGAGCUUCCUCUUUGGUAUCAUUUCCUUCACGAUACCCAAGCUGGCAGUGACGGCCAUGCUGAACCGGAUCCUCAACCCGAAUCUCGUCCAGCGCGUGUAUCUAUGGUCUUUGACCAGCCUGGCAGCUGUGGUUUCCGGCAUCUGCAUCAUCAUUUUAUUCACCAUGUGCGAUCCGCCCAAGGCACUAUGGCAGUCGCAUCUGGUGACAGAGGGGAAGGCGACCUGCAAGGACGUGUGGAUUCUCAUCGACUAUGCAAUCUUCACUGGAGCUAACAAUCCAGCCCUCUCCGCAUUCGUCGAUCUCACGCUGGCCAUCUACCCCAGCACAGUCCUAAUGAAACUUCACAUGUCACUACGAAAACGCCUAGCUUUAUGUGCAGCGUUAGGCCUGGGUUCAGUUGCAUCCGCAAUGGCCAUCAUCAAAUGUACCCAGCUGAAGGGACUCGCCGAUAAAACAGACUAUACUUACGGAACCGCCGACCUCGUCAUGUGGACCAACAUCGAAUCCAACGUCGUCAUAAUCGCCUCCUGCAUCCCGACCCUCCAACCCGUCCUCGAACUCAUCCUCGGCCGCCGCACCACAAGCUCCUACAACAACAGUCGCAACCGAUACAAAGGCAGUUCCCAACUCCCCGAUACCUCCUACGAUCACAGCAAGUUAUCCAAGCCCCGGAAGCCCGAUUACGAGACCACAACGGUGGGCAGUCAGGAGAGUAUUCUGCGGGAGGAGGAGAGGGGGCGAGGAGGGCUGGUGGUGGAGGAAAGUCAUCCGCUGGGGGCGAUUCGGAGGACGGAUAAUGUGACGGUGGAGUAUGAGAGGAGGGGGGAUGUAGAGGGGGAGGGGGAGCCAAGGACGUCGUGGUAG